AUGGAGUCUGAAUCAUUCGCCUACACCCCGCUACCUCAAACGGGACGGUUCAUCCGCUUGCUCAAAAUCUAUCCUGGCUCGCCCGGCGAUAGGCUGAUUUGCGAGCUCUUCCCCAGCGACUUGGAAACCAAUACCGCCUACACGGCCCUAUCCUACGUCUGGGGCGACCCGACCAAGAGCGCCGAGCUGAUCUGCUCUGACCGUGUGUGCAAAAUCGCUCAAAGCCUCUUUGACGGCCUACGCCGCCUCCGCCGGGUUGGCGAGGCCCAGAUCGCCUGGGCCGAUGCCAUCUGCAUCAACCAGGAGGAUCAGACUGAAAAGAGCCAGCAGGUCAACCUGAUGGGAGCAAUCUACGAUAAGGCCCGAGAUGUCACCGUGUGGCUUGGUCCCGAUCCGACGGGAUCGUCACGCGAGGCCUUUCGGUGCUUGCGGGAGAUCAACGAGAAGAUAUUAACAGGCACACAUCAAGAGCGGUAUGAUCCAAACGAAGAGGAGCAGCGAUCAAAUCCCCUGUCGAUGAACAUGGCGGGCGCGGGGCCUCUUUCUGGGAGAAGAUCGGUCCUCCCUAAAGUCCUAGGAGAUCGUGGAAAAGACUAUAUCGGGGAUUUAUUUGCUCUAACAUGGUUCUCUCGUGUAUGGGUUCUUCAGGAGGUCGGGUUAGCUACCACCGCCACAGCCUUUUGGGGCGAUGCCGGCAUCGACUUUGGCCAGAUUGCUGUCUUUGUUUACAACGUCUUCACUAACGAGGAACUCAAGUAUUUCCUAGGUCCUGAGUUAUCGGCCACCCUCCUGGGCUCUCCCUUGUAUGCUCUUUGGAACGUCUGGUCUACGUAUGAGAAGAAGGACUCGUGGAUGCAGCGGACACCCACUCUUCGCAGAUUCGCCGAGGGGAUCCUUUCCGGCUGUGAUGUCGACUUCACGCUCGUCUUAGAGGCAGCGCAACACUUCAACGCGACCAACAGCCUGGACUACGUGUAUGCUUUCUUGGGCCAUCCGAAAGCCAAGAAGCCAGGCACGGACACCACGUGGCUUCAGGCGGAUUACUCGCUCACUUUGCAGGAUCAGCACCGGGUUCUAGCUUCUAGUCUAGCAGAAGACUCCUUGAACUUCCUCGUGCAUUUGCAGCAGACAGAGGAAAGUUUGAACAUAUCGGAAUAUCCUUCAUGGGUACCCCAAUGGGGCGAGAAGCAUCCAGUGCAUGCGGAAGCCUUCUGGGAAGCCUGGGAUGCCAGUCUUCGAAAGAAAGAGCGUCGCCAAUAUCCAUCUCAGUCAAGCGGCGCUAAGCUCUCCAUCUCUGGACUGAUAAUCGACACCGUCGACCAAUCCACACCGACGAUGAAGCCGGAUGACCUCGAGCCAAUAGACUGGGCGGGCGCUCGGCUCAUCGAAGAUUGCUGGAAGCUGGCCACGCAGAACCCCUACGCCUACCCUCGCGAAAGGGUCAUUGAGGCCUUUGCGUCGACUCUAAUCUGCGACCAUCGCCAACCUGGGCAUUCUGCUGUUGAGAUGUUUGCUGGGUUUUGCAUGCACGCCGACAUAAAGUUCUUCAAGAACAUGGAGACCGAGGGCGGGCUCUGGAGCCUAAAGAUUGUUCUAGAAGGAAGUGAGGCAUUCGGCACACAAUUCAAAUGGUACGGGACGAAUCGGCGUUUCUUCACGACCAAAAACGAGGGGCUCUGGGGGCUUGGUCCGGCGGCGAUGCAGCAAGGGGAUGUCUGCGCUGUGCUUUUUGGCGCAGACGUCCCGUUCAUCCUCAGGCCAACCGGGAUCGAAGGCGAGUACAAAGUUGUUGGGGAGUGUUAUAUGUAUGAUUUUAUGUAUGGGGAUGCCGUGGCGGCGUGGCGGCAAGGUAGUAACAGCUAUGCAAAGGAGGACAUUGUGCUGGUCUAG